AUGAAUGCGGAGAACGACAUGGAGGAGGAACCGAAUAGAAGAAUGAGAGCAGCAUUUGAACCCGUCGGAGAAGACCAAUUGACAGACCGAGAGUUCCCUGUCCAUCUGUUCGACUUGACAGUUCUUCCAUCGCUCUGUUAUGCAGCAGAGACGUGGGCAGACACCGCUGCCACAUCUAGCAAACUAUUCACUACCCAUAGAAGCAUUGACAGAUGUCUUCAAGGGUUCAACAGACGCACUUAA